AUGAGUUUUCAUGAUACACCAAACACAGGACUUGGUCUCGGUCUCGGUCUUGGCCUUGGUCUUGUUACCUUCCAUGAUCAAUCAGAGAGUUGCAUGAGGAGUGAUGAUGACCCCUUGAGAGAAAGCCACACGAUCAAAACGGUGGAGAAUCCAUCAAAAUUUAACAAGACAUACCCUUCACUGACAUUAGCACCACCAGAUGAUGAUGAUGAAGAAGUGAAAAAUGAUCAACCAAGUUCCAAGACCGAGUCCUAUGAAUAUUUUCGGCCCCAAGUUUCUUCUCCUAGUGUGGUGUCUUCAUUUUCCAACUCCUCUAGCAUCAAGAGGGAGCGAGAUCAGGCCUUGGGAGAAGAAUUUGAGGUAGAAGUAGAGAAAGUUCCAACAAGAGUAGGGGAUGUUGAUGAAGAUGGCAACCCCAGAAAGAAACUUAGACUCACCAAAGAACAAUCAGCAAUCUUGGAGGAAAACUUCCGAGAGCAUUCCACUCUCAAUCCGAAGCAAAAGCAAGAAUUGGCAACGAAGCUGAAUCUGCGAACGAGACAAGUAGAGGUGUGGUUUCAGAACAGGAGAGCCAGGACAAAGCUAAAACAAACUGAAUCAGACUGUGAUCUAUUAAAGAAGUGUUGUGACACUCUAUCAGAAGAAAACAAGAGACUGCAAAAGGAGCUUCAAGAACUGAAGUCAAUGCAAGCAAUGCCAGUUCCUCUUUACAUGCAGAUUCCAGCAGCCACACUUUCCAUAUGCCCUUCUUGUGAGAGAAUAUGUGAUAGCAACAAUGGUGAUGAUGAAAAUAACAACAACAAUGCUUCAAACUUACUUAUUAGUUCAAAAACACAUCAUCAUCAUCAUAAUCACUUUUACAAAAGUAACUAUCCAUUCUCCCACUCUUCAUCUGCAGCAUGCUAG